GGGAGCAAGGCACGCGGAGGGACGCGGAGGCAGCUGCGCCCUGGCCCGGCUCCCGGGGCGCGGUGCUGGGGGGAGGCAGGAGGGAGGGAAGCAGGGAGCGCGGCCCGCCCCUUCCCCCCUUCCCCAAGGCUCUCCAGCCAGCGCAGCCUUUAAAUCCGCUGGCGCUCCCCAAGUCCGCUCCGAGGGGAGGAGACUGAGCGCGGGGCCGGAGCCGGAGCCGGAGCAGGAGCAGGAGCCCGGAUCUGGCGCUGGCUCGUCUCACUCAGGUCAGCGCGCGGCCGAAGGUCCGGGACAUCCACGUGUGUGGGCAGCCCCCCUGGCGCUUCUGCCCGCGCCGGAGCGGGGGAAGCCGGGGCCGCCCCCCGUGCCCCGCUGAGGUGGGAGCCGCAGUCCUGGGCCCCGGCGCCUCUGGGACCCCGGCUUUCCCCAGACCCAUGCCUGCACAGGUAACCCUAGUGGCCGGAGGAGUGAUCGCAGGGCUGCUGUUUCUGGUUCUGAUUGGGAUCAUGGGCUAUUGUCUCUGGAAGAAGCUGUGCGUCGCCCCUGCCUAUGAGGAGCUGACUGGAACGCGGUCUCUUGCUGGGGGACAGGAGAAGCAGCCUUCUCAGUCAGCAGUGAUCCAGCCCAACAGGACCAAAGGUAUCCCAUUUGUUGUUCCUCCCUCCUUCCAUGGCAGGGAUUGGAUUACUCUGACCAAAGGAGAAAGAAUCCAGGAUGAGAGUGAUCCAUACAUUGCCCCAGAAUUCCUGCCUCGAUCAUCUUUUCAUUCACUUGGGGGUGCAUAUGUGGUCGGGACAAUCAAUCCAGAGCUUUACAAGUUUCCUGAGGACAAGAGUGAGACUGACUUCCCUGAAGGCUGCCUGGGGAGGCUGUGGUUCACGGUGGAGUAUGAGCAGGAGGCCGAGAGGCUCCUGGUGGGCCUGAUCAAGGCCCGGAAGUUGCAGACCCCCUCCCCAUCAGAAACUUGCAGUCCCUUGGUGAAGCUCUAUCUGCUGCCUGACGAGAGGCGCUUUCUGCAGUCCAAAGUGAAGCGGAAAACAUCCAACCCACAAUUUGAUGAAAACUUCAUUUUCCAGGUAUCCAGUAGAACAGUCACUCGGAGGGUGCUGAAGUUUUCAGUGUUUCACGUAGACAAGCAAAGGAAGCAUCACCUCCUGGGCCAAGUGCUCUUCCCACUGAAAGAUGAGAUGCUAACAAGCGACAGUCGGUCCAUUGUCUGGAGAGACUUGGAAGCAGAGAGCCUGGAGCCCCCUUCCGAGCUCGGGGACAUCCAGUUCUCCCUCAGCUACAACGACUACCUGGGCCGCCUGACGGUCGUGGUGCUGAGGGCCAAGGGCUUGAAGUUCCGGGAGGACCGGAGCGUUGCCAGCGUGUCGGUCAAAGUGUCGCUGAUGAACCACAACAAAUUCGUCAAGUGCAAGAAGACUUCGGCCGUGCUGGGCUCCCCCAAUCCCGUGUAUAACGAGACCUUUAGCUUCAAGGCGGAUUCCGAGGAGCUGGACACCGCAAGUCUGAGCCUGACGGUGCUGCAGAACACAGAUGGGGACAGUAAGGAAAGCCACCAGCUGGGCCGUGUGGUAGUAGGACCCUUCAUGUACACAAGGGGGAAAGAAUUGGAACACUGGAAUGAGAUGAUCAAUAAGCCCAAGGAGCUGGUGAAGAGAUGGCACGCGCUGUCUGGAAGCACCUAACUACUCCGGCCUACAGGGACAGCGACUUCCCUGCUUAGAAACUGCUCCUCUUCCUCUAGAGAUCCGGGACAGGAGGACAAGAUUUCCCCGAAAGCUAGCAAAAUCUCAGUCUGGUCUCAUAGUGGAGCGUGUACCCACGGGAGCCAACUAAUGGGAUAAGGGAAGACGUCCUCUCUAGUUCUGACAAAUAGAAUCUCAUCUUUCCUUAGUUAGCAUAGGGAAAAUCCUAAUCAAACGCUCUCUUCUCCCUUUUCUGGAACACUCCUACGAGUCCUGUUUGGGACCCUGAUCACUCUAAAGCUGGAGUUGUCAGAAUUUCAGACACUCAGACUGUCUGCUGAAUAGUGUACAAGUCAGUGGGAAAAACAGUGGUUUUCUCCCAAGAUUAAGUUUCUAACAGCACGUGUGAACACUUUUUUGUAGUAUGCUGGUCUCUCUGUAUUCAGCACAAAAAGGACUAGGAAGAAGCUAAGAAAAUAUAGCCCAGUGUAUUUAAGCCAUCGUAUCAAUGACUGCAUAUGGACUGGAGCAGCUGAUCACAGGAAGAGAUGUAUGAUUUAUCACUUGUUUACUUGAAACUCCUGAGAACCCUACCUCUGGAUGCGGGCCUUAGGGAUCUUAGCCUGAGACUCAUCCUAGCGACAGAGUGACCCCAAGGUGGAAUGAAGUUCCUUGAUGACAAGAACGUCUUCUGAACUAGUUGGAAGAUAAUCUCUUUGGAGCAAAGAAAUCUUGUUAUAAGCAUCAGCGCUAGAGGGGAAAUCUAAGCUGGUCAUAGUAGAUUUGGACAUUGUGACACUGAGAUAGGGGACGGGACUAUUACAGUGUAUAACCUUUACUGUGAGGGUUCCCCAGGCAGAUGUUGUUCAAAAUCUUUGACUUUUUGUGCUUUCCUAUACAUUAACUAUUUUAAACCAUUGCAUAUUCUCAUACUCUUCUGGUCAUUAAAACACUUGUGAACCAAGA